CUACAAUACAAAAAUGUAAACAAUGUUGUGAAGACUAUAGCUCAAACUUUACCAAGCAUGUCAUUAAGUCCUAAUAACUUGAUUCUUUCUGGGAUAUUGGAUAUUCCUACUUUGACAAGUGAAAGCUCUCCAAUAAAGACAUCUUUGAAAAAGAAGAAAUUAUGA